GUCAAGCUUGUGUUUUGCUUUGGGUUUUUUGUUAUUGUUUCAGGUUACUGGAGCAGCAGACAGAAAAAGAUAUCGCUGCGGACUCAGACACGUUCAUUUCCCUUUUUCUUUUGGACUGCAGCUGUAUUAUCUCAAACGCAGCCUGGUAUUUAAGGAGAGGGGUUUAAAGGAACAGCCUUGCCUGGCUUUGUGUGUGUGUGUGUGUUGCCAUGGAUAAGACUUGGCGGGUGGAGUUUAGAAAUGUGGGCUGCAUUUACUUCCCGGAGAGUAGAGUAGAUUGCCACUACACCUUAAGCUCACAGCACAGCUGGACCAGCAGUGACUGGAUUGGGCUCUUCAAGGUGGGAUGGACGUCAGUAAAGGACUACGAGACAUUUGUUUGGGCUCUGACCCCGGCGGAUUACCAGGAGGGCACAGAUAAUAACUGCUGUGUGCAGUUUCAAGCCUCGUACCUGCCCAAACCCAGCUCCCAAGAGUAUGAGUUUGUAUACAUUGAUGCUAAAGGGGACGUGUGCUCCCGCAGCUCCAAAUUCACCUUCUGUGCACCAAAGCCGCUUGACGAUCUGGUGACACUCGAGGAAGUGUCCCACGGUGAGGAUGGAGGCAUAGACAUGCUGUUGGUAGUACCAAGAGCUGAACUGCUGCAGAGUCGACUGCAGGAGUGCCUGCAAGUGCGUGCUGAGCUGUUGCACGAGCAGGAGGUGUUAAAAAAGCAAAAGGAGAUUGAGAGGGAUGACUUUAAGAGGGCCAAGGAGGCUUGGGACAGACAGCGAAGAGGGUUGGAAUGUGAUCUCGCCCGGCUGAAGGAGGAAUUGAUGUGGAGUCGAGAAAAGAUGGAGGAGCUGGAAAGGAAGCAGGAGGACGGGCAGGCUUUGGGAGAGUCUCUAGCCCAGGAGAAAGCGGCUUUAAUGAGUGCCAAGAAGGAAAAUGAAGUGCGAAUAAGAGAGCUGGAGGAGGACAUCAAAACCCUGACUCAGAGGACUGUGGAGAAAGAAACAGAGCUGGAGAGGAUGAAGGAAAGAGCCAAAAGAGCUGUGGCCUUGAGGAAAGAAGAGGAGAAUGAAAGGAAGAGCCUGCAGUCCAAGCUGGAGCAGACAGAGGUGGAGCUCAAAAGUCUCUCUAAGGAGUUCCAGAGUCUCAGGAACUCCCUGGCACAGAGAGACACCAGCGUCCUGCAGCUCCAAAACUCCAUCACCACCCUCACACAGAAACUCACCACCGCUCACAGGAAGGAGGCGGAGAACGAAGCGUCGCUGAAAGAGAUGCGGAGCCUUCGGGAGCAUCUUCACAUGAGUGAGCGCACCGCGGUGGGCUUAAAGAGAGAUCUGAGCACCAUGGUGUCGCAGAGGGACCACGGGCAUGCCGAGCUGCACCAGGCUCGUCUGCAGGCUGCCCAGCUCACUCUUCAACUCGCAGAUGUCAGUAUGAACCUAAGAAAAGAAAGCACCCACUGGGAGCAGGAGAGAGAAAGUCUGCAGCGCACUGCAGAGAGGGACCAUGAUCGCUUAGAGAAGCUUAACACAGAGAUGCAGAGGGUGGAGGAGAGGCUGCAGGAGGAAAGGAUGGAGCGAGUGAAGCUGGAGGUUGAGCUUGGAAGAGAAAAAGAUUGCAAUCGAGUUCAACUGAGUGAAACCCGGAGGGAGCUCCAGGAGCUGAAGUCCUGCCUGAGGGUCGCACAGAAGGAGAAGGAGCAGCUGCAGGCAGAGAAACAGGAGUUGAUGGAGUACAUCUGUCAGCUGGAGCAGAAGGUGGGAACAGUGACCAGCGCCGGGUGGGACGCGGCUCCCGUCGCCUCCACAGGAUGUCCUGACGCUGCCUUAUCUGACUCUGAGGAUGAGAGUCCCGAGGCUUUGCAGCUCCUCCAUUCCCCCAGAACUCUGGGACACUACAGCUUAUGUGAGCAGGGUCAGCACGACUCCAUGUUGUUGUCAACCCCCCCUUCCUCCCCCAGGGACGUGAACAGGAGCGCGGUCGUCAUCAACCAGCCGGCCCCGCUCUCCCUGCCACACCAGACCGCCGACUCUCAGGCACACAGCUCGGAUUCGGAGGAGGAAUCUGAUCCAAUUCCGUGUGGAAGGAAAAGCUCUGGAGAGGAAACGGCCCUUCUGCUGGCUGACUACAAGGAUAAUGUUCUCAGUGAUCUGGCUGACACUUCCCUAUGGUGACGAGAGGACAUCCAGCUACGACAACAAGAGGACUUUGAAGUUUGUUGUGGAACCUCCAAGCACACAAACACAAUGUUAAUAUGCAAUAACUUUAUAUCUGAAGCCAGCCUCAUUUUUUCCCUCUCUAGACGUUUUUUGUCUCCACUCUGAUGUUUCAGAGCCGUGGAAAGAAAGGAUUUAGUUGAAUCAUUGCUGUGUCGAGAGCUUUACGACGGAUGUAAUGUCGUUUUUAUGGGAUUGUGAUUAGGAGCCGCGGCAGGCGCUGUAAUUAUGAUGUUUUGUGCAAACUCGUCUUCUUAGGAAAUCACAGCAAAAUCUGAUCAAGCAUUACAUUUUUUUGGGGAAACUUCAUGGCAGCAUCAACUAUUGAUGCAAAAGAAUAAAAUAUUGCCGUAUUGUAGCUCUGACAUCACAUUUCUCCCUCGUUUCUUUAAAACUUUAGAUUCAAACGCACUUUCUUGUGAACACUAACAGCUGUUUGUGGUGCAGGUGCAGUUGAGUGAUUUAGUGAAGCAGAGAUUUGCUUAAAACUUUGAAUAAGUGAACUUAUUAAUGUCUGUUGAGGUAAAUGCCGCAUAUCUUUUUAAAUCGAUGCUUUUAGGCUCUCUUAAUCAGCUGCCGUUUUUAUCUGUUAAUGAACCAAGACUUUGCUUUUUAUGAAUUUAAUUCCAAAAGGUAGCUUCUGCCUCUAUUAUAGUUGAUCUAAAGUCAAAAUUCAGUCAUGCAAUUUGAAAUUUGUGCCUGAUGUUAUAAGAAAAUCAUCUUUAGAUGUCCUGACGCAGUGCAUGUGCUCCCCCCACCCACCCCCUGGCACUAUACUGCCUAAUAAAAACUGCUGCCUACUUUUAAAUCAAUACUAUAUGCAUUUUUCAUGGUUUUCUAUUUAUAAUUAACGUGAGUUAUGCUGCAAGUGGACUAUGUUCGGGUUUAGAUUCAGUUUAUGUGUAGCUUACUAAACUCCCCGUGCUCUGCUGAGAUGAUUUUAUGAUAAAUAUCCUGAUGUUUGAUUUUAUCUGCUGAUUUUUGCACCUGUUUUUACUACAGAAGAGUAUUUAGAUAAUGUUUUGUGUGUAAGGCGUGUGUGCUUUAGCUACUCAUCCUUCAUCUGGGUUUUCAGUUUAAUUUCUGAUUCCGAAUGCUCCCAUGAAAACUACUCAGAUUUGAUGUUAGACCAGCUGGUGAAGUUUGGUGUAAAAAUGUGCAAAAGAUUGGAAUGAGAUGGGGAUGACUGAAGUCAGAAAAGUUCAAAUCUGUCCACGUUUUUGUUUUUAUUGGUGUUUAUCCUUCAUGUCUGACUAUAUAGAAGACUAAAGAUUUUAGGUCUUUAUCAGAUGACAGCCCACACUUUGUGUUUGUUUUCCUGCUUUAUGUCUGAAGGAAGUUGUAGUUUUGUCCACUGAGAGUGCUUCCUGCCUUAUGAUUUAUUAUAAUGUUGUGUGUGUGAAUGCCACCCUGUGUGUUAUUUUCUUUUCAGUCAUGUAACAGGUUUGGGCUAAGCAUAAUAAAAUGUAUUCAUCA